ACACUGGGCUGGCCGCCUGGUGAGCCUUUCAUUUGGCUUCACUUGCAGAAUCAGUGUGUGUCUGUGUGUGUUUGCUGUCCAACAGUUUACUGAGCGGGAGAUUUCCAAACUUCAUUUCUGUGGAUCUGUAAAUGAAUUCUGCACCGGACAGACCGGGAGGUAACUUGUGAUGGAGCAGGACGUUACCAGUUUAAGUGGAGAGGACUGCUUUGAGGGGAAAUCGCCGUGUUGUUCAGACUCUGAAGCUUUGAGUCAAGGAGACAAAGAAUAUGAUGACAUCUUGGAGCUUAAUCAGUUUGAUGGACUGCCUUAUUCCUCCAGGUUUUACAAACUGCUGAAAGAAAGGCAAGAGCUGCCAGUGUGGAAAGCAAAGUGUGAAUUCAUGGACACUUUGGCCAAAGGACAGUUUGUCGUUGUCAGUGGCUCUGCCAAAACUGGAAGGAGCUCUCAAAUUCCUCAGUGGUGUGCUGAAUUCUGCCUGUCAGUCCAGUUCCAGCACGGUUUGGUGGUUUGUACGCAGAUUCACGCACAACAGGCGGUCGACCUGGCCUUAAGAGUGGCCGACGAGAUGGACGUCAACAUUGGUCAUGAAGUUGGUUACAGCAUCCCUUUGGAAACGUGCUGCACUAAUGACACAGUCCUCAGGUACUGCACAGACGACAUGCUUCUGAGAGAGAUGAUGUCCGACCCUCUGCUGGAGCGCUACGCCGUGGUGGUCGUGGAUCAGGCCCACCAGAGGACCGUAGCCACCGACGUUCUCCAGGGUCUGCUGAAGGACGUGGCCCUGCAGAGGCCGGACCUCCGUGUGGUCAUCCUCACAGCUGUUGAACCUGCACCCAAACAGCUGGCCCACUUCACUGGAACCCCGCUGCCUGUGAUUCAUCUAGAGACUCUGGGUGCAGGAGAGGUGGUGUACAGCAGCACAGGAGACGGCUACUUCUGCUCUGCUCUCCGCCUCGUCUUGGAGAUCCACCAUUCUGAAGAGAAAGGAGAUGUUGUUGUGUUUCUGGUGACCACGCAGGAGAUCGACCUGGCCCAUGACAUCCUGUGUCAUGAAGGCCACAGUUUAGCACCUGUUCUGGGUGAGCUGCUUCCUGUUGCUGUGCAUCCUGGUCAGACUGGGAAUCUACCAGUGCUGGGGGAGGAGGAGGAAGCAGGCCGGACCCGCAGAGUGUUCCUCACAUCCAGCCCGAACGAGGACUUCUUUUGGGCUGUUUCCUCAAUAAGCUUUGUUAUCGAUGCAGGGCUUGAGAAAAGAUAUGUCUACAACCCCAGAAUCAGAACAAACUCCGUCAUCAUUCAGCCAAUAAGCACAGGCCAAACUGAGAGUCGCAGACAGCUGACAGGUCCGACAGGCAAGUGUUUUUGUCUGUACCCAAAGGACAGACAGCUUCCUGCUCAGAUUCGCCCACAUAUCGUGGAGACUGACUUCACUCCCACGGUGCUCUUCCUGAAGAGGAUGGAGAUCGCCGGACUGGGUCACUGUGACUUCAUGGACAGGCCAGAUCCUGGAGGCCUAAUGCAGGCUUUGGAGGAACUGGACUACCUGGCAGCUCUGGAUGACGAUGGAAACCUGUCUGAGAUGGGCAUCAUCAUGUCUGAGUUCCCCUUGGAGCCGCAGAUGGCCAAGACUGUGCUCGCCUCCUGUGAGUUUGACUGUGUCAGCGAGGUGCUCAUCAUCGCCGCCAUGCUAACAGCACCAACUUGCUUCAUGGUUCCUUCUGCGGAGCUAAAGCCAGAAGCAACCCAGUGCCACAUGAAGUUCCAGCACCCAGAAGGAGACCACUUCACCCUUAUCAAUAUCUACAAGGCCUUUAAACAGCACCAGCAGGAUCCAUACUGUAACGUAGAAAAGUGGUGUCAGGAUUUCUACCUGAACCACACUUCUCUGCUGAUGGCCGACGCGCUUCGCACAGAGCUCACCGACACCCUAAAGAGGAUCGAGCUGCCCAUCUCGGUGCCUGCCUUCGGAUCCCGGAGCAACACCAUCAACGUUAAGCGAGCCCUUCUAGCAGGUUUCUUCAUGCAGGUGGCUCGGGACGUGGAUGGAUCAGGAAACUACUUCAUUCUGACCCACAAGCAUGUAGCUCAGAUCCAUCCUCUGUCUGGCUACGGGGCCAAAAGCCCCAAGCUGGGCCUGCCAGAGUGGGUGCUGUUCCAUGAGCACUCCUUCUCUGAGGACAACUGCCUCCGCACCACAACCCACAUAACACCAGAGGAGUUCAUUCAGAUGGCGCCGCAGUAUUUUUUCUACAACUUGCCAUCCAGUGAGAGCAAAGACAUCCUCCAGAACAUUUUGAAUCAUGGAGCUCCUCGGUACCAAGAAGAGAAACCCACGACGUCCCAAGAUGAACCCGAGGAGGAUCAGACUUCUGACCGCUGCGUUAUCCAAUAACAGACCCGCUGUUCCCAGUGGCUGAUGGACUAAUCAGUAGGAAUUAUUGCACUGUAGCACACUGGAUGAUUGUAAAACUGACUGUAGGAUUUCUGUAGUUUUUUACUAGUUACUUCCUGUCAUUUGUGCCCCUCAUCCUUCCUUUUUAUCACAUUAUCACUUUCUGUAUUUAUCUUUGUAAGUGCACUAAUAUAUAAAAUUUAAAACGUUCUAAAGCUCA